GAUAGAAUACAACCAACGAACUCCACAUUAGCAACUGUCCCUUACGUUUCCGUUAUCCUAAAUGCCGCCGUGUCUCUGUCUCCCCGCCACUCACUCUCUCCCCUCCUCAAACCUUCUCAUCUCCACGCGCCACCGCUUUCGACUCCCUAAACCGCCGAAUGCUUCCUCACAGAUAUCCCUGAACUCGCCAUUAUCCAAUCAAACCUCACCCCCUCAGCCUAAAACAACCGGAGUCAUUGUCAUUGGCGGUGGCUUAGCUGGCUUAGCAGCUGCAACUCGGCUUCAAGCCGAUAAUGUCCCAUUUCUACUUCUCGAAGCUUCUGACGGUGUUGGCGGCCGUGUUCGCUCUGACGUAGUCGACGGUUAUAUCCUCGAUCGUGGUUUCCAGAUUUUCAUUACUGGUUACCCUGAAGCUCGAAAAAUCCUUGACUAUGACGCCUUAGACCUCAGAAAAUUCUACUCUGGGGCUCAGGUUUACUACGGUGGUCGCUUCAACACCGUUGCUGACCCUCUCCGUCACUUCUCCGAUUCUCUGCAAUCUCUAACUAACCCAAUCGGUACAGUUGUGGAUAAAUUACUUAUCGGAUUGACUAGAUUAAAAGUUUUGACUCAAGGAGAUGAUGAGAUAUUGAAUGCUGAAGAAGUUACUACUAUUGAUUUACUGAAAAAGAUCGGUUUUUCGGAUGCAAUAUUAGAAAGGUUUUUUCGACCUUUUUUUGGCGGGAUUUUCUUCGAUAGAGAGCUUGAAACGACGUCGCGGCUGUUCAAUUUCAUCUUCAAGUGCCUAGCUCUAGGUGACAACACACUUCCGGCUAAGGGCAUUGCUGCGAUUCCAGAACAAUUGGCGGCGAAAUUGCCGUCGAAUUCGAUACUGUUGAAUUCACCAGUCGUUUCUGUUGAUUCAGAAUCGAAUUCGAGCUCAAGAAUAAGGGUGAAAUUACUAAAUGGAGAAAUUUUUGAAAGUGAAUUUGGGAUAAUAUUGGCAGUUGAAGAGCCUGAGGCAGUUAAGUUAUUGGCGGGAGAAAAAACCGCUGAGGUUCGACAACCGGUUCGGAGCACUGUUUGUUUGUAUUUUUCAGCUGACCAAGAUAAAGUUCCGGUUCGGGACCCGGUUCUGCUUCUUAACGGGACGGAUAAAGGGAUAAUCAAUAACAUGUUCUUCGCCACUAAUGUUGCUCCCUCUUAUGCUCCGGCAGGAAAGGCACUGGUUUCUGUGUCGCUUGUGGGGCUAUAUGGUGAUGUGGCGGAUGAGGAUUUGGUGGAUCAGGUCGUUAAGGAGCUUUCGGGUUGGUUCGGGCAGUCGGUAGUUGGGUCGUGGAGUUACUUGAGAAUGUACCGGAUCGGGUUUGCCCAACCGAACCAAUGCCCACCCACCAACUUGACGAAGAACCCAAAAAUAAAACCAGGCUUGUAUAUUUGUGGAGAUUAUGUGACUAGUGCUACUUUUGAUGGAGCUUUGGUUUCUGGCAAAAAAGCAGCAGAAGCUUUGUUACAAGAUAGAGCCUUGGUUACAGUAUAGCUAAAUUUUGGUGUUGAGUUUCUUCAGUUGUGUAAACUAGAGAUUUUUUUGGUGUUCUUGAUUUAUUUGUAUAUGAUUCAUAACCGUUUAUAGCUCAUUUUGAUGCAUUACUUAGCCUUCUCUUUUUUUCCUUAAGUGUGCUAAUUUGUAUAAAGAAAAAGAAGACGGUUUGAUUUGUUCUGUUGUUAAUAUAUAAUUGCAAGUAUAUUUGUUAAA